AGAAAUAAUGUUUUGUAUCUUUUUAAGGGAGAAGAGAUUUUUCUGGAUAUGUUUGAAGAUGAAUACAGGAGUAUGACAGUUAAACCCAUGAAUGUAGAGUAUUUGAUGAUGGAUGCCUCCAUUCUGCUGCCUCCAACGGGGACACCACUAACUGGUAUUGAUUUCGUGAAAAGACUGCCAUGUGGAGAUGUGGAAAGAACACGAAGAGCAAUCAGAGUUUUCUUUAUGCUCCGUUCACUAUCACUUCAUUUGCGAGAUGAGCCAGAAACUCAGUUGCCACUGACAAGGGAAGAGGAUCUAAUAAAAAAAGAUGAUGUUCUUGACUUGAAUAACAGUGAUUUAAUUGCUUGUACCGUGAUUACAAAAGAUGGAGGUCAAGUUCAGAGAUUUCUGGCUGUGGAUAUUUACCAGAUGAGUUUGGUUGAGCCAGAUGUUGCCAGGCUGGGCUGGGGAGUAGUUAAAUUUGCUGGCCUUUUGCAGGAUAUGCAGGUAACUGGAGUAGAAGAUGAUAGUAGAGCUCUGAAUAUAAUAAUUCACAAACCUGCAUCUAGUCCUCAUUCUAAGCCCUUUCCCAUUCUCCAAGCAACAUUUGUUUUUCCUGAUCACAUUCGCUGUAUCAUUGCAAAACAGCGUUUGGCAAAAGGCCGCAUCCAAGCUCGACGUAUGAAAAUGCAGAGAAUUGCAGCUCUCCUGGAUCUUCCUGUACAGCCUUCAACUGAAGUGAUGGGUUUUGGACACAGCUCUACAUCUGCAUCACAGCACCUGCCAUUUAGAUUUUAUGACCAAUCACGGCGUGGCAGCUGUGACCCUACUGUACAACGAUCCGUUUUUGCAUCUGUUGACAAAGUCCCAGGUUUUGCAGUAGCCCAGUGUAUCAACCAGCACAGUCCAUCACCACUUUCAUCGCCAUCUCCUUCUUCCAGUGGCAGUGGGAGUACUGGACACUGUGAUUCGGUUACUACCAGCUCAACUUCAACUCCUUCUGCAGCACAGAGUCCAUCAGGUCUGGCAGGAAAGGACGACGGCGGGUGUUUAGUCUGUCGGAGGCUGACAGUCACGGUGGACACUGGGUUUAGGUCUUCAAGCAGCAGCUGCAACCGCAACACGUGCAAAAUCAAUGCAGAUGACUCUUCAGCUCCUGAACAGCCUCCGAUGACCUUCUCCAGUCAGGUGAUGUUGGUUGAUGAAACCCCUGCAGCUGCCUCAAAAUCUGGCAGAAACCCUGUAAAGAACCCUGACAUAGAAACAUCUAAUCUGUCUCCCAGCCUGAUUCCUGCACAACAGCCCACUAUAUCUCUUAUCUCCGAUGACAAUACAGAUGCACUGAGCGUAGAUUCACUUACACUGGUCCCACCAGUUGAUCCACACAGCAUUCAUACUUUCAGCUGCAUUCCUCAGUCUUCCUUGCUGUCUGAAGUUUGCAGAGUGACAGAAGGAGAAGAUUCUGAUCAGAGUCCACAGGCAGACUAUGAUGAACAGUGAUGAAAAUGUUACUGGGUGCUCUUUAUUUUGUUUAGGUGAGGUAAUGGGGGCAUUAAUAAAGCCUCAAAGGCCUGUUGGUUCACAAGGAAGAAGCUAAUUACUGAGUAACUCAACAUACGGGCAACUCUUUAAAAUAAAAAUACAUUCAGCAUUUUUGAAGGAAAUCUGUUUGAAUCUGGAUCUUGAUAUUUCAAAUUCUUAUUUAAAAGUCAUAGAAAUUGCCUAUGGAUGGUAUUUGAAAAGGACUUGCACUACCAAUACUGUGCCACUUGCUUGCACCAUUUAUCUGUUGGAAAGUGAAGAAACUUUGUGGGGCUUCGUGAUAUUUUACUUUUCUGAAUAUGGAGACACAGCAAUUGCCAGAAAAAGGAGCUAUUUGAAGGUAUUAUAGUACAGAGAUGCUGUUUCCAUUUGAAACAGUUUUUCUAUUUUGUUGGUCUCAUUCAGCUUGUAGAGGUAUGGCAGGUCUGCAUAAAAAUGGACUGGCCACUUUCAGUAUUGUAAACUUCAAUAUUGUAUCCUCUGUGUAAUAUUUGUUUCAGUGUUUGACUAAAGGCAACAUAAAUAUCAAGCAAAUAUUUUUUUAUUAAAAUUAAACAAAUCCCUGAUGUUAUAACAAUCAAGGCUUAUUCAGGUUAACAUAGGAUUUUUUUGAGAGAGAGAGGUGCAAAGGGAUUUGCCAAACAAUGGAAGGUCCUUCCCAACAUGGCCUAUGCUGCCCCCAGCUAGGAUUCUAGCCAAGCCCCCGCUGCUGCCUGUCUGGCUGUGACUCCCUAGGCCAGACCUCCAUGUCUACCAAGGCCGAGGCUCUGCAGCUACAGGAGUGGCCAGAGUUCUGUGGCUGCUAGUCCCCGCGACAGCCCAGUAGAAGGGCCAGAACUCCCUGCUGCACUGCCCGCCCCUCUCUCAACAUGGAGCUCCUGGCUGAAUUGUGCUCCUUCCCCAUCGUUCCUGCCCUGUGGCUGAUCUCAUUUUACCUGGACUCUGUGGUCCAGGAACAUCCAUUGUCCUGUUGGACACGGAUGUUGCCCGACCAGAGAGUCCUGGUUAAAGGAGGUAAAACCUGCAUUUUAAGAGAGUGAUCUCACUUUCUUACGUGAUUGCUUUAGUCUGCUCACUUCUGAGAGAGGUAAAUUACUGCUUCUGAGGGACGGUAAAAUCCCUUCUGCAGAAGGACAUAGUCUCUUCUUUAAAAGUAACCACGCUUAUGCUACAUACAAGUUUCCAUCUCUAGUGUAGCAGGGAAGGUGCCUUUCCCAGCUGAUAUCUCACUUUAGAUACUUAAAGGGGAAUAUAUUCAUUUUUCUAUGUGGAAUCUGCUAACCUUGAUGUUAAUCAGAUUAAACUGCUUAGUGAAUGUGAAUCUGGUCUGAAGCCUGCCUUAUUUUUCUCUAGUGAUAGAAAUGUAGCCGUGUUAGUCUGGUGUAGCUAAAACAAAAUACAGGACUAUGUAGCACU